AUGAUUGACACGUCGAUAUUUGAAGACUUACAGUUGAAAAUUGACGAAGAGUCAAAGAUCCGUGAUGAAAUUCAAGAAAUAGUCCAGGAACUCUCCAAACGAGGCAGAACCGUCCAGGCACUUCUGUCGCGAGCUCACUCUACGCCCCCAGCCCAAGUAACCCCAAUCCUCGACGAUGCGACCAGAGAGAUCUCAGCGCAGCGGGACGGUAUCGUCAAACUGGUGACAGUUGCUUCUAAACAUCCAUUCUACAAGUAUAACUAUCUCUGGACCAGAGAGUUGCAGAACUUGGUAUUCUCAAUCGAGUUCUGCAGCUGGCUGGGCGGCAUGAAGGAGGCUGUUGGUGAAAAGUCAAGCUUCAUGACUAUUGAGGAUGUCGGGAAAUUUCUUGGAGUUCCCGUCAAUCUAAAGGACCAGGACGCUUUUCAUCUUACCAUUGAAGAGUAUCUACAGGCUCUCAUCUCGCUUGUUGAGGAGCUGUCCCGACUCGCUGUCAACUCGGUUACCCUUGGCGACUACACGAGACCUUUACAAAUUCACGCCUUUAUCUCUGAUCUUCACGCGGGGUUCCAGCUACUCAAUCUCAAGAACGACUCGUUGAGGAAACGCAGUGAUGGAAUCAAGUAUAACGUCAAAAAGGUCGAGGACGUGGUGUAUGACCUGUCACUCCGAAACCUGAUUCCUAGAAAGGGAGCUGGUGAUGCAUAG